UAUGAAGUGACGUGUGAAGGAAACCUCGUGUAAGAGGCGAUUGUCAUUUAGUAAACAUUUGUUUUGAUGGAGUGUUAGCAGAAAAAAAUGUCGGAAACCAUAGAAAUUCACGAUAAUGGUGUUUCAAAUCCUGGAUACACGACGGAUCAAAUUGAUGAGAAACAGAAAAACACUCCUCCAAGAGAACGCAGAGUAUCAAUGAAAGAAGAAGUCAACAAUGUCCCAGACACCAAAGUGGACUUACCAUCGACUGGAUUUGAACGCCUAAUGUAUAAAACCAGCGAAACCCCACCAGUGCAUCUACUUCUCUUCUUCGCUUUUCAGCAACUUUUGAUGUCCAUCUCGGGUACUCUGGCGAUUGUUUUGAUAGCAUCAAAAGUGAUCUGCGCAGAAGAUGAUGAAGAGUUCGUGGCAUACAUCUUGAGUUCCUCCCUCUUUAUGAAUGGUGUCUGCACGAUUUUAAUGAAUGUGAUCGGGGUCAGAUUACCUCUUUAUCAAGGGGCCUACGGUGGUUAUAUAAUUCCACUCCUCACUUUACUGGAAGUUGACCCGAACAAGUGCAAACUGAAAACACCAUUUCACGGUAUGAACUCCACCAACACAUCAACUGCGAUUAGUUUUAAUGAAGAGUCAGAAAUGCGAAGUCUUAUUUCUAAAAACAUGCGAGAGUUACAGGGCUGUUUGAUGUUGGUCGGGGUGGUGCACAUGCUGAUGGGGGCCACCGGACUGAUAGGAGUCCUGCUGCGUUUCAUCGGCCCAGUAACUGUCGUUCCAACCAUUUUGCUUUUGGGACUUACAGUGGCGGACCCGAUUCUUGACUUUUGUGUGCCGAACUGGGGAAUAGCGUUUCUUGUUACCAUCAUUGGCUUUGUGUUGGCCUUCUACCUGGCUAAGUACAAUAUGCCUCUCCCGGUGUGGACGCCAAAGGCCGGUUGUCGAGUUGUCAGGUAUCCUGUUCAUCAAGUAUUUGCUAUUCUUAUCUCUAUAGUGGUUGGGUGGAUAGUGAGUUGGAUUGUAACAGAAGCUGGACUUUUAACUGAUGACAAAACAGAUAAAAGUUACAAAGCUCGAUCGGACGCCCGUCUUGAUGGAAUCUCAGCAGCUAACUGGUUUUUCUUUCCUUAUCCAGGUUUGCACGGUCCUGUUUUAUAUUCAACACCUGUUUUCUUGGGCUUUUUAAUUGCAACAUUUUUGUCAAUUCUGGAUUCUAUUGGAGAUUACUACGCAUGCGCAUCUAUGAGUCACGUGCCACCCCCUCCGCAACAUGCAGUAAACAGAGGCAUAAUGAUAGAGGGGUUUGGGACAAUUCUGUCGGGGGCUGUCGGAGCAACACAAGCCACGACAACAUACGGCGGAAAUAUAGGCGCCAUAGGAAUAACAAAGGUUGCCAGUAUCAACGUCUUCGUGACGUGUGGAGUGAUGUACGUCAUCUUCGGACUUUUUGGCAAGCUGUCCGCAGUUUUUAUAUCCAUUCCAUAUCCCGUAUUAGGCGGGUCUUUGAUCACCAUGAUAGGAAUGUUUAUUGGAGUAACUCUUUCCAACCUUAGACCCAUUUCUUUGACGUCAUCAAGAAAUUUAGCUAUCAUUGGAACUUCUAUUUUGAUUGGCCUUCUUAUACCAGCCUGGAUAAAGAAGUAUGGUGACGAAAUAGACACAGGUAACCAGGAUGCAGACUUCAGUUUAAAGGGUCUUUUUGGAAAUUCCAAUUUUGUUUGUGGCAUAUUAUCAUGCUUUCUGGAUAACACAGUCCCAGGCACUUUGGAAGAAAGGGGAAUAGCCGCCUGGCAAUGCGAUGAAGAGGAUGAAAGUUCCAACACUACCUCAAUGAAUUAUGAGGAAGGAAGGACGAUAUAUGAAAUACCAUUACCGAAAAAAAUUAAACAGUGGCGAGGUUGGAAAUACAUCCCUUUUAUGCCGGACCCAAAGAGCGAGAAAAGAAAACGCAGUUUGUCUGGUCAGUGGUCUCGCAGAAAGAGCAUAGUGGCAGGUGUUGGGAAUUCUGGGUAUUAAUAACUUCCGCUCGUGUUUUGUGUUGCGUAUGAGUACUUCAUGUGUUCAUGUUACUGCCUCGAAAUUUAUCAAAUCAGGCAUGUCAUCAGGAUUUAUAUACUAUUGAAGAGCAGAUAGAUAUGUGUACAUAUUUUCUAUUUUCAUAUAAUGUAGGUAUAGAGUAUCAUACUUAUAUCAUUAUAUUUUAUAUCACUUAACAAUAAAAAAAAAAAUCAAGCAGGAAAA